GUGGGUCCGUGGUGGCGGUGGGGGUGGACAGCCGCCUGCGCAUGUCAAGGCUGACUGAACACACACGGUCAAGAAGGACCUGGAGAAGGGCAGUUGGUCACCUGCCACCCAGAAUCGGGGCCCCGGCACUAUCUGGGGGCGAGCUCCUGGGAAGCGGCCCACCCUGCCUGCCCCUCCCCAGAGAUCUGCGGCCCGCAGGAGCUCCCGCCUCUUGCCCCGCCCCUCCGGACCUUCCCGCGGAGCAGAGGGCGGGCGUGUACGGGACCGAGGUGGAACGAAUUUUGGAUCUCAGACGGGAGGCCCCGGUGGCUUUGGGUGUGGGGGGCACGCCCAGCUGGAGAAGCCGGUGCAGGCUGAUGAAGCCGAAGCUCCCGGGUCUUGGUGGAUCCUGGUCGGAGCGUAGCUGUUCCCAGGGGAGCCCCGGAAGCCACCCGCCAGAGAAAAGAUGCCUGCCUUCAACAGAUUGUUUCCCCUGGUUUCCCUCGUGCUCAUCUUCUGGGUCAGUGUCUGCUUCCCUGUGUGUGUGGAAGUGCCCUCGGAGACGGAAGCCGUUCAGGGCAACCCCAUGAAGCUGCGCUGCAUCUCCUGCAUGAAGAGAGAGGAGGUGGAGGCCACCACGGUGGUGGAGUGGUUCUACAGGCCCGAGGGCGGUAAAGAUUUCCUUAUCUAUGAGUAUCGAAACGGCCAGCAGGAGGUGGAGAGCCCCUUCCAGGGGCGCCUGCAGUGGAAUGGGAGCAAGGACUUGCAGGAUGUGUCCAUCACCGUGCUGAACGUCACCCUGAAUGACUCUGGCCUCUACACCUGCAACGUGUCCCGGGAGUUCGCCUUUGAGGCACAUCGCCCCUUUGUGAAGACUACACGGCUGAUCCCCCUCCGAGUCACCGAAGAGGCUGGAGAGGACUUCACCUCUGUGGUCUCAGAGAUCAUGAUGUACAUCCUCCUGGUCUUCCUCACCUUGUGGCUGCUCGUUGAAAUGAUCUAUUGCUACAGGAAGGUCUCAAAGGCCGAAGAGGCAGCUCAAGAAAACGCGUCUGACUACCUUGCCAUCCCAUCAGAGAACAAAGAGAACUCUGCGGUACCAGUGGAGGAAUAGAAGGGUGUGACUGAGGUGAUGUACAGGGAAGGGCAGGCGAAGGUGGAUAAGGAUGGCAGCUUGUACAAGUGACUUGGUCACCCACACCCAAGUGACUUUAAAUUUGACCCCGUAGAUUUCUACCCUACCCAGAGUUCCCACCCUCGGGGUACUUCUUAAAGUCGAUAUCCAGGUCACAAAGCUCUGUGUGACGUCAAGCCCUUCAGAAAGUGAAUUGCUUUGGCCUGAGCAAUGUGAACUUCUUACCCACAGCGACAAAAAGUAGUCCCCCCACUCCCUCCUUUGUAAGGAUUAUGGAUUUGGUCAGUGUCUUUGGCUGGCCUGGACUGGGCCAGGCUGGAAAUUCUCAGUGAGUUGUUUUAUUGUUGGUAGGUGGGCUGAACACUGAGGGACUGGAUAUUCCAGGUUCAGCGAUGUUAACAGCAUCAGGAGGGUGCCCCAGGGGCCAGAUCACUUCCCUUCAUGCAUCCAUCCUUCUAUUCAUUCAUCAUGCAUCCGCUCAUCUCUGAACUUUCACCUCUGACUUCUAACUCCAUCAGACCUCCACACACCGUAAGACUUGGCCAGUACUGAGGAGUAAACAUUUCUACACGGACUCAACCUCACCCUGUUCCAGCUUUCAAGCAAGGAACUCCCAUGCCAACUGGACUUCCCUGUGCUCCAAAUGACUUUGUACAAAUGCUGAAGAUGGCACACCCCUCUGUCCCUAACUGGUUGGAACUGGCUCAUUCUUCUUUGUUGCAAGUGAAUGGAUGUCUUAAUGGAAGGAAGUAAGAAUGAUAAUUUGGUUAAAGCAGGAGCAUCAUGAAGUGGGAUUCCUUGAAAUCAGUCCCUCCACCCCCACCCCCCGCCAAGUUCCUGGCCCACUUGACUAGAGCAUCAGAGCAAAACAUGCCUUUCUAGGAUCUUCAGUGAUAGAAAGUUUAAACAUGGACCAAGAUGUUCUCUGGAACUUGGUACUCUGGGGCUAGAUCCCGAUAGGUCUCUAAGGACUAUGUUGGCCUCAGCCCUUCAAGAAGCCAAAGACAGAAGUGGCCCUUAAAAGUCAUACAACAUGUUCAUCACCCUAUUAGGGUAAUGUAUGUGUGCCCUCCAAGUGGAGCACACCAUCUGAGAUGGCUGGGAAGCAUUAUAUUCUUGUGGGCAUUGAAACUGAAAUUUCUAAAUUCUUUUCCUCAAAAUUCCUGUAGGUCAGUAUUAUCCCUCCUUUUAUAGGAGGCAACUGAGACUCAGGGCUCAACUAAGAGAUUUCAGAGGAUAAACUGGAACAUAGUAAGCCUUAGGCGCUUCCCACUUGACACUUUCAGAGAUGGGAUAAUUUUGGUUUUAAAAAGACCUUGAAACUGAGUUUGGCUACAGCCAUGCCUCUUUCACAAGCACAGGGGUGGACUGUCUGGCUGAGGUUAACUCUGAUAGACCCAUACACCUGGAAACUAGCCAAAAGGCAGAGAGGAGGACAUGGGGUAGACAUGAAGAGUUUCCUUAGUGAAAAGAUUUGUGACUCUGAAAAAUCCUCCAGAGACUGCAUCUGGGAAUAUUUAAACUAAGAAACGUGCUUUUUAGUCUGAGAAGGAUGAUGAGAGAAUGAGUGAAGUGAUAGGGGCAGGAUGGGCUAGGUGAAUCCAUGAUGUCUAGUUGUUGAGGGUUUCUUUCCUUUCUAGAUUUUGGGAGAGCACAGGGACACUGGAAAACUUGCAGUCAGUAUCUCGUUUCGUUUUGAGUGACUGCUCCAAAUGGGAUGUCCGUCAGCACCUAGUGACCGAGGGGAAGGCUGCUUCAUGGGUUCUGAGAACAUGCAAGUGGCUGGGACGCAAUGACAGGUGUCCCUCAGAUCUGGGGGAAUUCAUGGGGAAAGAUCACACUCCUCUGUCUUUGGGCCUCACCCGACGAACUCAUUUUUUUUCCAACUCUUCCAUUCUUGGGGAAGUACUUGACACAAGUCCUUGUUCACACGUUCAAGAGUCCAAUUUUAUUGAAGAAAAUACUUGCAGUAAACUUACGGCCUUUCUCAUCGGUAACUUUGCACAUGAUUCCUCCGAAAUCGGGGACAGAAUAUCGAUCAUUUUUCGUACUUUAUAGAGAAUAGGCGUGGAUUACUGUGCGGUUCUCCUGAUCCCGUGGCUGGUGGAGGGCUGAGCUUUCAGUAGGAGCGAGCUACUUCCUAUCACCCCACCUUCCUCUUGCUUCCAGUAGACAAUGCAUCUAAGCAUCGAACUCAAAAUCAAGUCAUAUGCAUGAUGGCUGCCUUUUUGGUUUCUUUUUAAAAAGCCCACCCCAGAUAUUUCCUGAGUGGUUUUUAAUGAACUGAAUGGCACCUCCCAUCUCCCCCCCACCCCCCGCCCUUAUUUACGUUUUACAGGUAAUCUUUUUUUUUUUUCUUAACUUCUCAACCCUUCUCAUUCUCAAUUCUGUCAUUAGAGCAAUAUGGUUUACAAAGUGCUUUCGUUUCUGUUACCUUAGCUCUCCACAGCUAGCCCUGUGGGGUGGGUAUUACUGAUACCCACAUCACAAGUGAGCAAGCACACUGAGGCUGCUGGAGGCUAAGAAGCUUUACCACAUGCUAAGGUCAUACAGCCGGUAAGUGGAGAGCUCGGUUCCUUGUUCCACUUUGAUCACAGCUGCAUCGUUUCCUCUCAUUGAUGAGCUUUUGCCUCACCUUUGCCUCUCCUGCUUGUCCUGAGAUGUCUGACGUCUUCUCUCACCCCUAGUGCCACCCGACGGCUCCUCUACCGCUUUGCUUCUUAGCCAGUGCUCCUAAUGUGCUUUGAGAGUCUAUCUCGUUUUGGUUUUCUCUUUCUAGUUGGUUUCCAUGUCACUCUUUCUCCCUUAGCGUAAUUCAACUCCUUCUUGGGAGACUUGAUCAGCACUACAGAACUAAGGGUAGUGUGACCCCCAACCUGCUUCAAAUCCUCCCUGCUCCCCAUAUUCCUAGAGGACCCAGACCAAAUGUGCAUUGCUCUGGAAACUUCAUCUGGCAUGCUGUUCCUAUAAAGGGCUUAGAAAUGUUCUCAAGGGCUAUUAUCACUUUAGGAACCCCAUCUGUUAUCUUGGUGCUGGAUAUUUUCCAUGACCAAUCCUCAAUAACACAAUUCACUAAAGACCAGGCCAGGCUUAGGUCUUAUUUUCCUUUUCCUACUGCUUAACAGCCAAGAACUUGACCCUGCUCAAAUCAGUUGGCACUGUAUACACCCUGUCCUACUGACCUUUACUGCUAGCUCAGUCUUAUAUCACAGCCCUGACUCCUGUGUGGACGUACUGUGACAGACACUGCCUGUACCUACUCCCACCUUUAUUUUGUUUGUUUAAAAGCAUUUUCCCUUAUUUUCUCCAUCCCCCAACAUCCACACACCCAGAUUUCUCUUUGAGUUUCUGGUUUCUCCUUCGAUGCCCGACUAGAUGUUAGUAGGAGAGGAAUUUUUCAAAGCAGGAACAUGCUGGAUACAUGUGUAUAGCAACAAAUGGUUAAGACAAGAGACAGUAGCUCCCUCCUCUUCCUAGGAAACUACUAGAUCAAAAAGGAAAGUACACCCAACUCAGAAUCUGUGAACCUGACAUCAGUCAGAGGGGAAAGGCUGUGUAACUGGCAUCUUUGUAGGAAGAAACAAAAGCUAGACACAUUUCAGAAUAGAUCUUGGUUCUCCUUUCCCAAAUUAACAAAGAAAUAGAAAAGUACAGUAAAAUGAAGCCUUCCUCACCCCUCCUUUUGUAAAUGAAAGAUCCCUAAGCCAGUGAAUUCACCUAGUCACUGUGAGUGUAUCUAAGUAGUACUGUGUUCAUCCUCCAAUCAUCCAUCCAUUCUGCAUUUCAGCACCACUCUGCCUGGAGCACCAAUCUAGAGCCUCAGUGUGCCCCGUGGUCUUAGGUCUGAAAAAUAGCAUCAUCCAAACUUGUCCUAAUCUCUGAAACUCCACCAUAGCAGAGAACUCAUGUUGAGUUAUCUUGAGUUUAGUAGGACCCAGUAGAUAAGUACGUGCAGCAAGUCUGAGUCGUAGUAAUCAAACUCAAUCCCGAUCACAGGCCAGAUAAGCCUCAACGCUGGUAAUACGUCUCCCUUACAGACCCCGAGUCACCAUUAGGCAAGAGCUGCAUCUGAUGUCAGCGUGUGUGAUGGGGAGGGAGGCCACGGAAGCACCGUGCUUGCAGGUUUGGGAAACACCAUCAGAUACCAUUAGUAAACUCCUGAGGUCUUUCAACUGAUGGAUCUCCUUGCCACAUUGUCACCUUCAUAGUGCUUUUUCUUCAUUUUCCACAGCCAAUCUUUUUCUGAACUCUAGCAAUGUUGUUCCUGAUCACUCAAGCUCUCGACAACCUAAUGGCAGUAUGUAGUGUUUUUCAGGAAAUACCCUGUUCGUGUCAAUAAAGUGUCCCUACACACAG